GUCGACCUUACAAACGAACGCUUCGAGAUCGUCCCUUCCGCCCCGGUCUUCGCUAAUUUAUACCUCUCGCUACCUCUCGUCCGCAUCUCCGAAGCCGGAACGAGACUCUCGACGACUACCGCGACCGAUAUUCUCUAGAACGAAAAUCCCCCCGCGUGGGAGUCACAGGCAAACAUGGCCGAUACCAAGACUGCCGGCCAGCCCACUCUGGUCUUUGUUGAUGGAUCUUUCGAGGAUCUCGCCGCCGAGAUGGCCGAGUACCUCAAGGCUGAGGAUGCCAAGCAGCUUCUGAGCCAGGAGAAGCAGCCUUCCAACGAGGAGGUUCUGUCCAAGCUGGUCUCUGCAUCUGGGGCCCUUAACACUGUCCCCGAGAAGGAGUAUACCGCCGCCUCCAACCUUAUGACCCAUCUGGUUCUGCAAUCCUCCGACCCCAAGAAGUUCCUACCCACUCUCUGCACCACCUUUGCCAAGCCGCUCGUCAACUCUCCCGUCCACGGCGUCGGUCUGUCACUCAACGCCCUGACCACCGUCUUCAACUUGCUCGAACCCAGCAACCCCGUCCGCGCCCGUGUCUUUAUGGAGAUUCUCAAGUUCUUGAGGUCGCAUGCCAUGUUUGAGAGUCUGCGCACAUACCUCGAUAAGCUCCCCGAGUGGCUCACUACUUGGGGAACCGAUGCCGAUUUCCAGCGAAAGAUCUACGAGGAGGUCGCCGAAGUUGCCCUUGAGGCUGGUGAGGAGCAGCAAGCCUACGAGUACGUUGUCAAGGCCCUCCGAACAUUCGACGGCGACGCUAUCUCCUCCGAAGACGCCCAGCGAUUGUCCCUCCGUGCUGUCAAGAAGGCCCUCACCUCCAGCAACCACUUCCUAUUCCAAGAUCUCCGGGGCAUUCCCAGUGUGCAGGCCCUCAGCGACUCCCACCCCGUCUACUCGCAACUUCUUGAUAUCUUUGCUGAGCAGGAUCUUGAGGACUACAACGACUUCAACGAUGAGCACCAGGGUUGGGUUGAGAAGGAGAGCCUGGACCACGAGAAGCUCCACCGCAAGAUGCGCCUCUUGACAUUCUCCAGCUUGGCCGCUUCCACUCCUAGCCGCGAAAUUGAAUACUCCAAGAUCACCAAGGCUCUGCAGAUCCCCGAGGAUGAGAUUGAGAUGUGGGCUAUCGAUGUGAUUCGCGCUGGCCUCGUCGAGGGUAAACUUUCCCAGCAGCGCCAAAAGUUCCUCGUUCACAAGGUCACAUACCGUGUGUUCGGUCAAAAGCAGUACCAAGAGUUGGCCAACCGAGUCGACCACUGGAGGACAACUCUGCAGAACGUCCUUGGCGUCCUGCGCCAAGAACAGGCCAAUGCCAAGUCCCAGAAGGAGCGUGAGAUUCAGGAGUUGGAGCGCAAGGUCGCCAACGUUGGUAUGGGUGGUGCCCAGGAUCGACGCCGACAGAACCAGAACCGGGAACCUCGUGAACCUCGCGAACCCCGCGAGCCUCGAGAGCCCAAGGAGCGAACGGAAGAUGACGAUUAAACGCAGAACGAAAAUGCUAGAUAGGAUACGACUAAAAAAAGAGACUAGGGCAGUCGUGGGGAAGCAAAAUGAGAGGGCUUUUUCUGGGAAUGGGGGACAUUGUUAUACCUGCUUUGUGUUAAUACAUCGUUGGGCACAUGAGGAAAUCCAGCGAACGAAGGGUUGCAAAUGGCGUAGCCGGUUUCAUGAGCAUCUUGGCCUUCUACUUCCCAGCAUUGAAGAGAAGAUAGUGUCACGGCACUUGUCUUCCAAGACAUAGAAUCAAAAA